GGUUAGAUGAAAACCGUUCCCAUAGACUUUCCUUCCCGCACUACCCGUGGGCCCGUAAGUCGCCAUCAUUGUACUGUUGCUGCAUUCACACCAGCACUCUGCUCACGGCCGAAUUUCAGUCUGGGCCACUCGGUUUAUUCUCGAGUCCACUUCAAACUCGCUUCUUGUUCCGACGAUGAGAGAGGCCUGUUUAUUUUCCAAACAUGGAAGUUUGUCUUCUAAUCAGACCCUAAGGGGCGAGUAAAUUGUCGAAAAGGCGUUGUCUAGUGUUGAAGUUUGGGACUAAUACGACCACUGGGCCGUUUCUGCGUGUGUGUCCAGGCGUGUGUGACAACCGACACCACCGGUGCAAUCCAACCGCGAGAAGCUUCAGCAAGACAGAACGAAAUUGUCCCAAUUUCUCUUCUCUGAGGCUGAGUAACGAUUGUCACAAUGUCAAGGGCGAGCAGUGUCUGUCCACUGGUUACCGACGAAAGUCCCCCACCACCCUACGUCACCAAGAACACCCCGACUAAUGCCUACGAGAUGACGCAUACCAACGGAUCGGUAGUCGGCAUCCUCGUAAGAUCCAAGACAGGAGAUCAUGACACAGAUGUCACUGGCAUCGAUGCGAGACAUCACGUUGUGCAGAAUGACGACGAUGACAGUGACAUUCAUUUGACUUACUACGAAGCCAUGUCGCCGCUAUUCAAGUUUAUGCAGUUUAUGGGGCUGUGGCACGCAGAGGUCAUUAAACCUCCGAAAGCUAAGAGCAAGUCAAGGAAAAUCCUGAACUCCCGUAACUACUCCAUCGUCGUUCUCAUUUUCCUGUGGAUCAAUCUGGUUCGGUUCCUGCCCGCCUUCUUCGUCGGGGCUGAGCUGGACCCAUCGCGGCUGUACUUCAAGGUGAUCUACAUGACCGUGCUCCUGCAGGCCGCGCUCAACGCUAGCGUCAACUUCUGGGCCGCCUCCCGCACGAAGAUGCUACGCCAAUACUUUUUCCACUUUGAGAAGUACAUCCAGCAGGACGCCGAGAACAAGCUGGACCUGGGCUGGCUCCGGCGGCGGUCCAAGGCGUUUGCCGCAGUCGCCAUCCUCUACGUGUGCUGCCACUUCCUGAAUCAGGUUGUUGGGGUGUUCGGUCCGGUCGAGUCCAUCCGGAACUCCACCAACAUCUUUGUGGCGCCUUUCUAUCCUCAUAUCGGCUUGCACGUUGUCUGCAUCUACUUAAACAUCUACGCCUUUGCCUCCUGGAUCUUCCCACUUCUCUACUUCCUGCUGACGUGCCAGCUCAUGAGCAGGCUCUUCCAAGAUUUCGACGAGCGCAUCGAAAAGGAAACCAAGCGAGCCACCGCCGAGAAGAUUUUCCCGCCAAAUUUCGAGAAGCUCCGGCGUCAGCACCAGCAUCUGUGCGAGUCGGUCAGUCUGGCAAACAGCGGGCUUUUCACCUACAUCAACCUGAUCACCUACCUGACCAUGGGCCCCCUGGCGUGCUUCAUGCUGUACCAGCUGCUCUUCUCUCAAGGAAUCGCUGGCAACAUAUCUGCCUACCUGAUGUACGGAAUUUGGCUGUCCUCAAUCUUCAUCAACGUUUGCGUCGUGUCUUGGUACGCGGCGGUCAUGAGUUCCAAGGCGCAUGAUCCCAGAGACGAUUGUUAUGUAUGUGUGGUAAAAGACGUCUCCAAUGAACAACUUAUGCAGAUGAACCUGUUCUUGUCCAGGCUUAACGGAGAGGAUAUCGGCUUCACCAUCUUCGACCUAGUCACGAUCACCAAACCCUUCAUAUUGACGCUUGGCGGGUUGGUCCUAACAUACUACGCCAUCAUCUCCGAGUUCCAGGGAUAGAGGAAAACUUGGUUUUGGUUUUGGUAUAACGCGUGACUCUAAACUCACGAAGAAAAAUUCAAUUUCGUAGCUGGUUUGUUUUGCUUGUUAGGCCCACAUCUUUUCUUUGACAAUCAAUAGUAAAAUGUAGGCGUAGAUUUGGAGACCUGGAUGCGACAUCAUGAUAAGAACAAUUUCAUUUUUUUUUCUCUUUGCGUACAUACACGAUACCAUGUUGUAAUACACGACAGUUGUCGUGUACGCUCCUAAGAACACAGAAUCGAGUGAGCACAUGACAGAGAAUAAGUGCAGAAAACUUUACAUGAUGUCUCGAGAUCUUCUCGAGUAUAUGUUAAGACCGGGAUAUGACAAAAAGUGCAGUGGAUGAGGCGUGUUGAGUGAUACUGUGUACAUACAUUUGAGUGUGCUGAUGGCGAAGAAGAGCGAAGCGACUGAUUUGCCCGUUGAGCAACCAUCAAAUGAGUUAUCAGAAAAGGAAUGCAAAUUAAAAUGCAUGAAAAACCAUUUAGCCCUGUUACUAGAAGCUUAGAAUAAAAUUCAAAAGUGAUUAAAAGGGGGUCACCUGAGGUUUUAAAAACCUGCAUUCAAUGCAUUCAAAUCGGUUGCUUUCGAACACCUAACAGUUGACUUGCCACCACAUAGAUUAUUACAUGUACUGUACAUAAUGUUGUAUUAUAUAGUGUUAAACAAGCUUUACUGUUUGUAAGAUGAAAGCAUUUCAAAUCUGAUUUUAAAAACUGUUCUGUUGUUGGCCAAUGUUACUUUUACUAAUAUUUAUUCGGAAGAAUCGGUGAUUUCUCACAGAAAUUAAUUUGAUAUUAAAGUUAGAUUUUUUAUCAGGGGGUUAAGAAAAUGUAAAUUGGUCGUCCACAAUGCAAUCAUUUUUAAUUAUAAAAUUAGAGAAGUUAUUAUUCAGCCGCAUAGCUCUUUGGAGUUUAUACAUCGCAUGUAUUUUAACUUAAUGUCGCGGGUUCAAUUCCUGUUCGAGUUCCUUCCCUCUACACUCCAUGAACAAAGUUAACAGUGAUCCCAACAGAGCUUGAAUGAGGCUUCAAACCUUGUGCACAAAAUUCAAAUCCUACCGACGUGACGGUCC